CGCCUUGCCGAGGACAUUGGAAUCGACAAGACACGAGCCUCUCUUCUUCUAACGUUCGUGACAGUUGGAUCGGCAUUCGGUCGUGUCAUCGUCGGGCGCUUAUCGGAUAUCCAACGUUUCAAUCGCGUGUACAUCGUUCAGUUAGCGUUCCUAGUCAUAGGAUUGAGCAACUUUGUGGUACCAGUUACUGAAUCUUACCCCAUUUUAGCUAUAAAUGCGUUCAUAUUUGGAUUAUUUGCCGGAGCUUAUCUAAUCCUCAAUCCUGUGAUCGUAUGCGACAUUCUUGGUCCGGACAAAGUGUCGUACGGCUUAGGAAUGUCCUACUUGUUGUUGUCUGUACCUCGCACGCUUGGACCACUGAUUGCCGGAAGAAUUUAUGAUGGACUGCAGAGCUAUGCAAUUGCUUUUUACAUCCUCGGAGGCACGACUUGUCUAUCAGCCUUCUUGGCAACUUUUGUUUCAAUCUUGAUUCGAAGAAAAGUUGACGAUAAAAGUGAGAGUUGUAAAAACAAUGAGCCUUCGGUAUAA